UGUAAUGACAUAAGUAAAACGUAAACAAUUCAAUAAAAACGCGCUUCAAAUUUGUUUAGUAUUUUAGUUAGCGAAGUGCGAAAAGUGAAAUAAAAAUGGCAAAAUCCAAUAAAAUGUUUGCUGAUAAAGCUUUUGAGUUAGUUAAAGAACUGGAACGUUCUUCACAGACAAUUCCACCUUUUGAUGAUGAUGGAGUACGUCAAGUAUUGGAAGAAAUCAAAGCAAUUUUUGAAGAAAACUGUGCACAAGCAGCUAAUUAUUCAACUUCUGGUGAUCGGACUUUGUGGCCACUAUUAAAUUUUCGACACGCUGCCCUUCAAAGAAAUAAGCGCUGCCUACUUACAUAUCUUUAUAAACGUCUGCUGCGUAUUAAAGCGCUUCGUUGGGAGUUUGGUCCUAUUAUACCAGCAGAUAUUAAAACAUCCCUGUGCGAACCCGAAGUGAACUUCUUCAAUACAUAUUCGAAGUCAUUAGCAUCCUACAUGCGUUCCAUUGGUGAUGGACAAGGAAUUGAUUUAACGGGUGAUUUACGCCCACCAAAGUCUUUAUAUAUAGAAGUGCGUUGUCUGGAAGAUUAUGGCAAAUUUGAAUUGGAAGAUGGUGAAGUGAUAUAUUUAAAAAAGAACAGUCAACAUUAUUUACCGCGUGCGCAAGUGGAAACGCUGGUACGCCAGGGAAUUCUUCAACAUAUUGCGUGAAAAGGUAUAGUUAAUAAAAAAAAAUUAUCUCUUGUACAAUGUAUAUAGACGUCUAAUGGAAUUUGUGUAAACUUAUCAUUAAUUUUGUACAUGCUUUGUUGUUGCAUAAAUUAAAACAGAUGCAUUUAUAAUGCUCUUAUCCGGAUCGCAA